AUGCUCGGAAAUACCGCAAGGCCAUCACUCUCUCUGGCCUGGCACGACGAAGCUCAACGAGAGCAAAUACAACCCAAUUUCAGCUUGCAUCCUAGAAAGCGCUCCGUGGUUGCCAAUCCACCUCUAGUUUCUGAAGUUGUGGCUACUAUCACCGUAGCUCAGCUGGGUAGGACUGAUCCAAAUGUUAACACCAUAACCGCCCAAUCAGUCCUGACAGCCAACUUCACAAGUAGCCGUACAAACUCAUCAAAUUCGCUUGCGACAGCCAUAAGCUCUAUCUUCUCGCUAGAGACAUCAAUGACACUCGAAACGAGCUCUGAGACAAUCAGAUCUAAUACAGUGGCAAAUUCAAAAGUCGUGGAAGCUUUACCAACAACUACAGAGCCAACAACUAUCCUGGCACCCUCGUUAGACUCAACUAAAGGACUAGACGCAGACUUGACGUUUAUCUACAGCAGGCUUGCCAGUCCCUCAUCCCAAGGUGUUCCUUUUAAUUCUAAUACUUUAAUUCCCAGCUCUAGUAGCCCUUCAUCCAAUUAUAUAAAUUCGUCCAUUAUAAUCUCGAGCUCCACUAGAUUUAUCUUCGCAUCAUACAUCGCAACUGACUCUACUUCUGCUUCAUCCGAUUCUGUAUCCCCUACAACUAAGGAAACCUCUAUCUCGUUCACACCUAUAUCAUCUUCUAUAUCCUCGCCGACGUCUGAUAGCCUUGCUACUACCACUCAGAGUGAUGAAAAUGGGCAAACAACAUCUCCCGAGAUUCCAUCCUCAACCAUCAGAAACUCAAAUCACGAAUCGCAUAAUAUACCCCCAAGAUCAGUUUUAAUAGGUAGUGUAGUAGGAAGCGUUGCUGGUGCAGCUCUUCUAAUAGUACUAAUGAUAAUAUUGCUCCGACUUUACAAGAAAAACAAAUCGCUCUUCAUAACAGGUCGUGGCAAGCCCGAAGUCUCCGAACUAAACCAUCCUGCCCCAAUGCAGUCUUCAUCUGACCCAAUCCAGCGGCAACCCCGGCCCUUUCCCAUGUCAUCUGCGCUUUCUUCCAUGUCCCAUUACAGGUGGCCCUCUGCAAAAGUCGCCGGAACUACAUCUUCCACUGAUGAAGGCGACCAAGGAUUUUAUCGCAUUUCUGGACGUAAACUUCCAUCAGUCUUACAUUAUGGAGGCGAUGGUUAUGGUGGCGGUAGCGGUAGUAGCGUCCACAAGGAUAAUAAGACAGUUAGUGGCCCAUCUUUGGGACGAGAUUCACCGAUUACACAAACGGUAUCAGGAAGCCCCUCAAGAUCGACCAUCACUUCAACUCCAGCUCAUCGAGAAAAUGGCACACCAGUCGCUCGUUCAUGUCUUACCUUAAAUCUGCCGCAAAGACCUGAUGCAAUAGGCCGCUCGCACCCAUCCUUAGACGGAUCACACACAUCACGAUUCACCGAAGAAGUUUAA